AUGGCAUCUUGGAUGGACAACAUCCUGUUGCUGUCUGACAGCUACAAGGUGAGCCAUUGGCGACAGUACCCCCCUGGCACGCAGUACGUCUACAGCUAUUUCGAGAGCCGUGGCUGUGACCGAGAGGGCUGGGAAGAGGUUGUCUUUUUUGGUCUGCAGUACUUCUUGAAGCGCUACCUGUCCGGCAAGGUAGUCACGCGGGAGAAGAUUGAUGCAGCGACCAAAAUUUAUGCACAGCACUUCGGCGAUGGACAGACCGAGAAUCCCGAGUUGUUCUACAAGGAAGGCUGGGAGUACAUUCUCGAGAAGCAUGGCGGCAAGCUGCCAGUCAAGAUCAAGGCGCUACCCGAGGGCAUGGUGGUCCCCACCAAGACUGUUCUCAUCACAGUGGUGAACACGGAUCCUGCAUGCUACUGGCUCACAAACUUUCUGGAGACGCUGCUGGUGCAGGUCUGGUACCCCAUGACCGUUUGCACCAAUAGCCGGUACCAGAAGGUGUCGAUCCAGAAGUACUUGGAGGAGACCGGCUGCGAAGACUGGGCUCCUCCCGGAGGUUCUUCUUUCAAGCUGCACGACUUCGGCUUUCGAGGCGUCUCCUCGGUCGAGUCGGCUGCCCUCGGUGGCAUGGGCCAUUUGGUCAACUUCAUGGGAUCUGACACUGUCAUUGCCCUCUCAGCUGCGAAAGAGUACUACGGGGCCAAGAAGGCCGUCGGAUUCUCGAUCCCGGCCUCCGAGCACUCCACCAUAACCUCCUGGGGUGUGGACGGCGAGCUUGAUGCCAUGCGAAACAUGUUGGACCAGUACCCGACAGGCCUCGUGGCCUGUGUCAGCGACUCUUUUGACGUCUUCAAAGCCUGCAGGGAAUACUGGGGCGACGCGCUCAAGGACAAAAUCAAGGGCCGCAUCAGUGAGACCAGUUUUGGUCAGCUUGUGGUUCGACCGGAUAGUGGCGAUCCAGAAGAGACUUGCGUUGCCAUCAUGAAGAUCCUGCUUGAGCAAUUUGCAGACGACGUGACUGAGACCAAGACUGGGCACAAAUUGCUCCCUCCGUGCAUCCGCGUGAUUCAGGGCGAUGGGGUUGACUACGAGUCCAUUCCGAAGAUUUUGAAGCGCUUCAAGGAUGAAGGAAUUGCCGCUGCAAACAUCACGUUUGGAAGCGGUGGGGCCUUGUUGCAGAAGGUUAACCGCGACACCUUCAAGGUGGCGUUUAAGUGUGCGGAAGUCGUGCUCGAGAACGGCGAGGCCAGAGAGGUCUUCAAGGAUCCGCUGACAGACGAUGGCAAGGCCUCGAAGAAGGGGCGCCUGACGCUCCAAAAGGCGUCGGACAUCGUCAGCUACUCCCCAGAGGAUGUGUACAAACCGCGUCAAGGGCCAGAUGGUGUCAAAGGUGGAACCGGCUUCCUGCAUUUCACUCCAGAUGGCAAGUAUGUGACUGUGGCAAGCGGAAGGGGCGAUCCAGACAAGGAUCUGUUGGUGGAUGUCUUCGCUGACGGUGAGGUGCUGAAGGCAUCCGCGGAUCUGAUCUGUGGGCCACAGGCAACAACAGGUGGUGCGGGGAUGUGUGACGGACAGGGGCCUAAAAGCUGUUUAAACCGUUUUCAGGGAUCAUAA